GCCACUUCUGUUUUUUGUUCCCAUAUUGGAGCCUUUGGAUGGUACAGCUCGUCAUUUAUAACAUUAUUUUGGAGGGAUUGAUUAUUUCAAACCCGGCUCUUGCCAGGCAAGUGCUGCGCCCACUACACUCUGGAGACUUGGAGAUGGUGCGGGGGCUGGAGGAGAAGCCAUUUGCCACGACAAAGUGGAAGCGGUGUGAAAGGCAGGACCUGAACCAAUCAUGGCGAGUUUCAUUAUUUAGCAAACAACAUCUGAUUUACUGGAAAUCCUGAGAUCCUCUGAGGAAACACGUGACUGAGCUGCUCCCUCCCCCCCAGUGAAUGUGAAAGUGUUGACAGAUGAAGGAGCUUUGCUCGCUGUUGUUGUGGAAGCCGCCGAGGCAGUAAUUGCUGCUCUUUCUCUCUCACUCACGGACAUUUACUGGCCGUUCCCACAGAUGGUUCUGCUUCUCUAUUCACGAGGGGAUCGGGCGGGCAAGAGAAAGGGAAGGGUCGCGCGGCUGACGGGCUGUCAGGCUCUCAUCCUCCGUGUUAGUGAUUUGUUAUGCACGUAAAGGGGAAGUAAAGUGAUGUCUUUCAGGGUUGAAUUCCUAUUACAUAAAAAAAGAUUCGUGAACUUCUUUUGAGGUAAACAAAAUGAAUUCAGACUUCUUAAUCCAACAUGCCAAACUGAUGGUUUGGAUCUUCUUAUUGUUUGGCCAUCUGCAACUGGUCAGCUGUUGUGGCCCAGGAGAAUAUUUAAUCCAUGGACAGUGCUGCCCGAUGUGUCCAGUGGGAAGUCGAGUGUCAAAACAUUGCACAGCAAUGACCAACACUGAAUGUAGAGUUUGCACUCAAGGUGAAUACAGCGACUAUCCCAGUGGACGAGAAAAAUGCAUCAAGUGUGAAAAUUGUGAUUCAGGAAUGGGACUUUUUGAUUCACAGCAAUGCACCUACUUUCAAAAUACGAUUUGUCAUUGCAAAGAGGGUUAUUUCUGUGUGGAGAGGAAAUGGAGUGGAUGUGAGAUGUGCAGAAAGCACAGCCUGGGUCCUGUAGGUGAAGGAGUUAAGAAGAAAGGAACAAUCUGGGAAGACGCUGUGUAUGAAAAGUGUCGUGAUGGAACAUAUUCAAAUAAUGUUUCUACUGAAGCGUGUAAACCAUGGACUAAAUGUAAAGAAUUGAACAAACAUGAGGUUAGACCAGGAAACCCUUCCAUGGAUGCAGAGUGUAAAGAGAAGAUGAACAUAGCAUUUAUAGUAUUGUCUAUUGUAAUACCUGUAGUGAUUGUAGUGAUUGGUGGUGUCCUUGGAAUUUUGUGGUGGAAGAGACGAGAUCUGAGAAAGUGUACAGCAAAUGGUGAGAAGGAAAAAAUGAUGACGAAAAGCUGACAAUUUUGUUGGUGCGUUAUAACCUUCUGAAAGAAAAUGUGAUUCAGGAAAUGAUAC